AUUCUUUUGAUUUUCUUUUAUACUGCUUCGUCUUGCGUUCAAUUGUACUAAGAGUUAGAAUAUGUGACCAUGCGACAGUCGGUCUUAUUGAUAUUUUAGUAGGAAUCAAUUUAGAUGUUUUUUCCUCAGUCCAGCGUGGAUAUUUGCUCGUGUGUGUUCAGUGGUCAUGUCAAGCAAGUACCCCAUCGUGGUGCAGGGCGAGGCAUCCGAGACAGACUCUGAUGACGAGGUUCAAGGGGAAGCUUCUGAAACAGACAGUGAAGAUGAAGUGGAGACGGCGGACCGAAGUUCUGCAUUGACGCACGAAAGUACUAAAAUACUUCAAAGAGAUCUACCUCCACUAAUUGUAGUAAGAGAUCAUCCUGAUAUACAAUCAGUUGUGGAAGAUAGGCCGAGCCCUACACAUAAGCCUUUUGGUGAUACUUUAUUACAGCAGAAGUUGCAGGAAUCAAACAGCCGUCUCUAUACUGAUGUGGGACAGAUGCUACGUAAUGUUUAUGGCAGUGCCAGCAAAGAGGUGCGCAGUGCAACAGCACAGUUAAACACAUCACAGAGCGCCAUUAUCAAUGCUUCCCACAGCAUACGGCUGAUUUUGGACGACCUGAAGUCUGUGUCUGAAAAGAUUGACAUCAUCACUACCUGCCAAAUAUUACCUGAUAUUAAAAUGAACCAUUCAGAUGAGAGUAACACACCUGCAUCUUGAAGAAACCAAAUAAGGAUAUAUAUGUAUAUAUGUAUAUGUACAGUGGGGCAAAUAAGUAUUUAGUCAACCACUAAUUGUGCAAGUUCUCCCACUUGAAAAUAUUACAGAGGCCUGUAAUUGUCAACAUGGGUAAACCUCAACCAUGAGAGACAGAAUGUGGAAGAAAAAAAAAACGAAAAUCACCAUUGUUCGAUUUUUAAAGAAUUUAUUUGAAAUCAUGGUGGAAAAUAAGUUUUUGGUCAAUACCAAAAGUUAAUCUCAAUACUUUGUUAUGUACCCUUUGUUGGCAAUCACAGAGGCCAAACGUUUUCUGUUACUCUUCACAAGCUUUUCACACACUGUUGCUAGUAUUUUUGCCCACUACUCCAUGAAGAUCUCCUCUAGAGCAGUGAUGUUUUGGGCCUGUCGUUGGGCAACACAGACUUUCAACUCCCUCCACUGAUUUUCUAUGGGGUUGAGAUCUGGAGACUGGCUAGACCACUCCAGGACCUUGAAAUGCUCCUUACGAAGACACUCCUUUGUUGCCCUGGCUGUGUGUUUGGGAUCAUUGUCAUGCUGAAAGACCCAGCCACGUCUCAUCUUCAAUGCCCUUGCUGAUGGAAGGAGAUUUUCACUCAAAAUCUCUAGAUACAUGGCCCCAUUCAUUAUUUCCUUUAUACAGAUCAGUCGUCCUGGUCCCUUUGCAGAAAAAUAGCCCCAAAGCAUGAUGUUUCCACCCCCUUGCUUUACAGUGGGUAUGGUGUUCUUCGGAUGUAAUUCAGUAUUCUUUCUCCUCCAAACACGAGAACCUGUGUUUCUACCAGAAAGUUCUAUUUUGGUUUCAUCUGACCAUAACACAUUCUCCCAGUCCUCUUCUGGAUCAUCCAAAUGCUUACUAGCGAACUGCAGACGGGCCUAGACGUGUACUGGCUUCAACAGGUGACAAGUGCAGGAUUUGAGUCCCUGGUGGCGCAUUGUUUUACUGAUAGUAGCCUUUGUUACUGUGGUCCCAGCUCUCUGUAGGUCAUUCACUAGGUCCCCCCGUGUGGUUCUGGGAUUUUUGCUCACCGUUCUUGUUAUCAUUUUGACGCAUCGGGUGAGAUCUUGCAUGGAGCCCCAGAUCGAGGGAGAUUAUCAAUGGUCUUGUAUGUCUUCCAUUUUCUAAUAAUUGCGCCAACAGUUGAUUUCCUUACAUCAAGCGUUUUACCUAUUGCAGAUUCAGUCUUCCAGCCUGGUGCAAGUGUACAAUUUUGUCUCUGGUGUCCUUCGACAGCUCUUUGGUCUUGGCCAUAGUGGAGUUUGGAGUGUGACUGACUGAAGUUGUGGACAGGUGUCCUUUUUACCAAUAAUGAGUUAAAACAGGUGCCAUUAAUACAGGUAACGAGUGGCGCCUCGUUAGACCUAGUGAGAACAAGUUAGACCUCUUUGACAGCCAGAAAUCUUGCUUGUUUGUAGGUGACCAAAUACUUCCACUCUAAUUUGGAAAUAAAUUCUUUAAAAAUCAAACAAUGUGAUUUUCUGUUUUUUUUUUUCCACAUUCUGUCUCUUAUGGUUGAGGAUUACCCAUGUUGACAAUUACAGGCCUGUCUAAUCUUUUCAAGUAGGAAAACUUGCACAAUUGGUGGUUGACUAAAUACUUAUUUGCCCCACUGUACAUGUGUACUUAAAGAGUGGAAUGAGUGCCCCAGUGUUUACAAAGUAUGCAAUACAUCAAGCCAAAAUGCUUACAAACUUAAUUCAGUUUGCUUAACCUGUUUGUGAAAGAAACAAAUAUUUAUUGCUCUAAUUUGAUAUAAAUUGAUGAUUGAAAUAGUGUAUUGUAGGUAUUUAAUAAUGUGCUUUUGUCACAUCUCUUUUAAACAACAGUAAUCACACUUAAACUGCAUGUCUUUUUCUCUGAACAAUGUUGAAAUACGUCAGAUUUAUACACAAUCAUUCCGUAUGUAAGCAACAAUUAUUUCAAAUCAACAUACUGUAUAAGCAAUUGUAUGUUUGUGUGCAUUCACACUUUGUUGACUAAAAGAAAAGUGCAUUGGACUUUAUUGAAAGAAAUGUGAUAAGGAACAAUUAUUCAACAUUAACAUACUGUAUGAGCAAUUGUAUAUUUGUGUGCAUUCAUAUUUUGUUGAUUAAAAGAAAAGUU